GCCUGAUAAAAUAUGUAACCGUUUUUAAACUCCUGAUAAGGGUCUGUUUGUUUGUUCCGUCUCUACCUUCCAAUUUUGCUUCAAAUCCUCUCCACUUCAUUUAUUUUCUCCAAACACGACAUAAAUCUCGAACUGGCACUUUCUUCCUUCCUUCUAGGUGUUAUGUAAAAACGCCUUUUCACUAUUAAAGGAAAAAGAAAUAGAGGAAAAAGAUGUCUUCGGGUUUUCUCUCCCUAACUUUCCCUUCUGUUCAGGAAAAUGACCUUCUUGUUCGAUCGACUAAAAAGAUCAAGAAUUCACAGGAGAUUCCAAGAUCUACCGCUACAGAGGAAGUUAUGACCGAUAUCAAUGCUCAGAAUUUAUCCUAUAAGGAUAAGCUUCUACUUAAUGGCAUAGAGGGUAAUGUUGAUGAAAAUCUCUCCUUUGAUGCUAUGCCGGACUAUCUUGAGGAGGAUUCCGAUUUUGACGAUGAUCCAGAGGACCCGGCUCCUAUUGUUCUUUUCUCUAGAGAAGAUAAGCGCCGAAUGCGAGAACCAUGGAAGAAAGCUCUGAUCAUCAAGACCUUUGACAAAACAGAGGAUCUUGACAAAGUCAUUAAUGGUGGGCCAUGGUUUGUGGGAGCUUACUAUCUCACAAUUAGACCAUGGGAACCAAAUUUUAGACCUGAAGACGCCACAUUCUCUCACACGGUGGCUUGGGCGCAACUCCCUGGAUUACCAUCAGAAUACUAUGAUCAUUGUUCUCUGCACAAAAUUGGUAACACUGUGGGAGCUCUCCUAAGAGUGGAUGCCCACACUGCUCAUCACACCAGGGGCCAAUACGCCCGAAUAUGCGUCCGCGUAGACUUAGACAAGCCUUUGGUCAAAACUGUAAGAUUGGGAAAGAUUCGACAAAAGGUUGCUUAUGAAGGUAUUAGAGGCCUCUGUUUUUCUUGUGGUAGAAUAGGACACCGGAAAUCGGAAUGCACAUUUAAGACCACCCCUCCUUCUAUGAUCUGUGACAUGGAUACUGGUUCCAAGAAUUUUCAAAGCAUUAAUGAAGCACCAAGUUCUGGAGAUUUAAAUAGUGACACUUUGGCAAAAUCUAAUACAAGUACCCCUGCAAUGGCUACUUUAAGUGGUAAAGAGGGAUCUUCCUCCACGCAACACAUUGUUAUUCCACCACAAGGUCAAUUGAAUCAUCCUGAUGAAUAUGGCCCAUGGCUCAUCGUGGAUCGACGGAAGAAAAGAAGCUCGCAAAAGCCGGCAAUGGAAUCCAAGUCGACGGUUGAGAAGAAAACUACCAAGGGAAACAGAGAUCAUGGUGAACCAAACCAUCGAUCUGGUCCAUCAAACCAAUCGGUUCACAAUGGGAGCUACGCAUUUAAGGCCAACGGUAAAGUGGCAGGUGCAUUGAAUGCCAAAUCUCAAUUCAAAGCUGUCAAUGCAACGGUUCAAUCCAAAACUGUUGUUGGAACUCGCAAUGAUAAAUUAAACCCAAAUUUCUUAGCUAGUUCUUCUGAAGCUAAAUCCUCACAGAUCUCGGAAGAAGGAGACGCUAAGGAUUCUAGACAUAUAAAUCAGAGUAAGGCCCAGUUAAGCUUAGGACCCAAUGCUGUUAUCUUGGAACAAACCUCUACUGGAUCCCAAAGCCCAACUGCACAGAAUUCAUCCCCCUUAGAGAUUCGUUCUCAAUUAUGGGAAGAAUUAAGAAUAGUCUCUAAGCAUUUUACUGGACCAUGGCUUGUCAUUGGUGACUUCAAUGAUGUAGUUGACUCUACGGAGAAAUUUGGUGGCAACCCGAUUUGCCAAAAUAGAGUCAAAGCUUAUACUGACUGUAUGAAUGAUUGCAACCUCUUGGAUUUGGGAUAUUCUGGGGGGAGAUUUACAUGGGUCAAUAUGAGGGAUAAUAGCCAAAUUAUUCGUGAACGGAUUGAUAGAGCUUGGGCAAAUCCUGAUUGGCGUCUCCAAUUUCCUGAAGCCAAUGUUCUUCAUCUCCCUCGGGUUUGCUCUGAUCAUAAUCCCAUUCUAUUAGACCUUGAACAUUCUGGUUCCAAAUCAGGUGAGAGGCCAUUUCGACUUGAGAAAUUUUGGAUUGAUCAUCCUGAUUUCAAAGACUUGAUUAGCCCCGUUUGGUCUUCUAUUACUUCUUCUACUACUCAGUGUGUUGCUAAUACUAAAUCUGUUUGCAAGACCUGGAGCCGUAACACCUUUGGUCAUAUCUUUGACAAAAAACGAGAGCUUAAUACUAGAUUGAAUGGGAUCCAGAAGGCUCUGUCUAUCAAGCCUUCGACUUUUCUAUCUUCCUUAGAAAAGGAGCUUAGCAAAGAAUAUGCUAACAUCCUCAAAUUUGAGGAGGAUCUUUGGUUCAUGAAAUCUCGCACUAAUUGGGUGGUGGAUGGUGAUAGAAACUCUAAAUUCUUUCAUUUAUCCACUAUUAAACACAGGAAUCAUAACAGGAUACAUUGUCUUCGUAUUUCGACAGACGAGUGGGUCAGUGAUCAGAGGGAGAUCUCUAAUCUUAUUGUUCAUUAUUUCAGGGAUCUCUUUACAUCUUCCUUGGCCCACUCUUAUCAUGAUUCUUUCUCUUUGAUUGGGGGUUUGUCAUCAAACACUAUGGCUUCUUAUGUUGAUGAUGACAUUCCCUCUGACAAAGAGAUUCAUGAUGCCUUAUUCUCACUUAAGCCAUUUAAGGCCCCUGGUCCAGAUGGACUUCACCCUAUGUUUUUUCAAAGGAUGUGGCCUGUGGUUGCUGAGAUAUUAUGUUCUGAUAUUAAAAAUGCUUUUUGUUUGUCCUCCAUUCCUGAAGGGUGGAAUGACUGCCUUAUUUCCCUCAUUCCCAAGAUUAACAAUCCGGAAACUGUCCAACAAUUUAGACCAAUUGGGCUCUGCAAUACCACCUACAAGAUCAUCUCUAAAAUCCUGGUUAACAGGAUUAAGCCCAUCUUGGAGUCCUUAAUUUCUCCAUGUCAAGCUAGUUUUGUUCCGGGAAGGAAAGGAACUGAUAACAUCCUCAUCUUACAAGAACUUGUUCAUUCAUUUUCCAAUAAAAGGGGUAAGGUGGGGGAUGUGAUUGUUAAACUGGAUCUUGAGAAGGCUUAUGAUCGCUUGGAAUGGAGUUUUAUUAGAGAAGCUCUUGUUUAUUUUCAAUUCCCUCAUAGAGUGAUUGAUCUUAUUAUGUCUUGUAUCUCUACUUCGCAUAUCACUAUCCUUGUUAAUGGUGGUAAAACUGAGAAACUUACCCCAUCUAGGGGCAUUCGACAAGGCGAUCCCCUAUCCCCUUAUCUAUUCAUACUCUGCAUGGAAUUCUUAUCUAUCAAGAUUUCUGGAGAUAUGGCUAGGGGACUAUGGAAAGGAUCCAAAGCUGAAUCUUCUCAAUUUUUUUUGCGCUCGUUCGGGUCAAAAGAUCAAUACCGAUAAAUCUAGAGUUUUCUUCUCUAGAAAUGUUGAUAUUGAGACUCGACAAAGCAUCUGUUAUCUUUUGGGUUUCCAAGAAACGGAUAAAUUGGGAAAAUAUUU